AUGCCGAUGAGCUAUUCGGACUUCGAUGAUGAGUCACCCAAUGUAGUGGCGCAAAGGAAGGAGGAGGUGAAUGCAUUCCUGGAGCGCCACGCCUUUCUGGGGGUGAAUAGCUUGCGCGAUACCAGUGAUGUCUUUCAGCAUGUCCGUGUGAAGCAGUUAUAUCCUUUGGAUGUUGCCAAAGAACUAGGUGAUGAGAGGAUGAUGAACAUGUUGAAGAUGUCAGGUGCCACGAAGCGUUCCCAGACCCCUAGACGCACUGGAAGUGCUUUGGGCGGUUUGAUGAGUUUCCUCUCCCCACGCAGCACGACCUCCACAAGAUCAACAUCUACUAUGGCCAGUGUUUCCGAAGCACCAGUGCCACAACGGAGCUGUUUGGCCAAGAAGAAGAUGGAUGAAUUUGAUAUGGCAACAGAUGAGCAGAGUGUGGAGUCUGUGUGGGUUUGA